AUGUCUCGUAUGGAAUUAUACUCUCCAGAAGGGUUGAGAAUAGACGGGAGGAGAUGGAAUGAAUUGCGUCGUUUUGAAUGUCGUAUAAAUACACACCCAAGCUCAUCGGAUGGGUCAUCUUAUAUCGAACAAGGUAACACCAAGAUCAUAUGUAUGGUACAAGGGCCGAUGGAACCUAGUUUAAGAUCACAAACGAAUUCAUCUAAAGCAAGCAUAGAAAUUAAUUUAUCCGUAGCCAAUUUUUCUACGAUCGAAAGAAAGAAAAGGUUGAAGAACGAAAAGAGAUUAAUCGAGUUGAAGACGACUUUAGAAAGAACAUUCGAACAAAGUGUUAUAUGUAAAUUAUACCCAAGAACAGUUAUACAGAUAAACUUGCAUGUAUUAUGUCAGGAUGGUGGUUUGUUGGCUGGCAUGACUAAUGCAAUCACAUUAGCAUUAAUAGAUGCUGGCAUUGCGAUGUACGACUAUGUUUCUGCCAUUAAUGCUGGAUUAUACGACCAAACACCAUUAUUGGACUUGAAUACGUUAGAGGAAAAUGAUAUGAGUUGUUUGACUAUCGGAGUCGUUGGCAAAAGUGAAAAAUUAGCAUUAUUGCUUUUGGAGGAUAAGAUGCCAUUAGAUAUGUUGGAAUCUGUUUUAGCUAUCGGCAUAGCAGGUGGCCACAGAGUUCGUGACUUAAUGGAUAAUGAAGUUAGAAAACAUGGGAAUAUUAGAUCGUCUAGGUUAGUUGACCAGUAA